CUUCCUGGGAGUCAUGCCCGUCUACAGCGCGGCGGAGGACGCCCUGACCACCAAGCUGGUCACCUUCUACGAGGGCCACGACGCCAGCUCCGCCGCGCCCUCGCACCAGGCCAUCGUGCUGCUCUUUGAGCCCAGCAACGGCUCCCUGCUGGCGGUCAUGGAUGGAAAUGUCAUAACUGCCAAAAGAACGGCCGCAGUAUCUGCCAUUGCCACCAAGUUUCUGAAACCUCCUGGCGGUGAUGUGCUGUGCAUCCUUGGGGCUGGUGUCCAGGCCUACAGCCACUAUGAGAUCUUCACAGAGCAGUUCUCCUUUAAGGAGGUGAGGAUAUGGAACCGCACCACAGAAAAUGCAGAGAAGUUUGCCAACACAGUUCAAGGAGAGGUACGGGUCUGUUCGUCAGUGCAAGAGGCUGUGACGGGUGCUGAUGUGAUUAUCACAGUCACCAUGGCAACAGAGCCCAUUUUAUUUGGUGCGUGGGUGAAGCCAGGGGCCCACAUCAAUGCGGUUGGAGCCAGCAGACCGGACUGGCGAGAACUGGAUGACGAGCUCAUGGAGCAGGCGGUGCUGUACGUGGACUCCCGAGAGGCUGCCCUGAAAGAGUCAGGAGACGUGCUGUUGUCGGGGGCUGAGAUCUUCGCUGAGCUGGGAGAAGUGAUAAAUGGAGUGAAGUCAGCCCACUGUGAGAGGACCACAGUGUUCAAGUCUCUGGGGAUGGCGGUGGAAGACAUGGUUGCAGCCAAACUAAUCUAUGACUCCUGGUCGUCUGGUAAAUGAAGUAAAGAAGCUCUGUGUUGAGACGGACGCUACGGCUCAAAGGAUGUUACCGUUAGUUAUCUCAUACUUUCCAGAUUAAAUGAGAGCGCCCAGGCCCCAGGGAACUGUAAUUCUGUGCUUAUCAUGUCGUACUUUAAGUACUGAGUUCAUGUGUGCAGGUGAAACCCAAAACUCGAUAACCAUUUCUUCUGUUAAACUAGUCAUAAUAGCACUCCCUUUCUUUGUGUUCCACUAACUUUGGAUUUCCCUGAAAUAAAGCUUUUCCGAUUCUGUGUA